AUGAUUCAUGAAGCAGACGGUGCCAAGGGCAUUGGUGAUAGUGCCUUCUCUUCUGGCACUCGGUACAGCGUCGAAGUGGUGGAAGACUCCGACCCCGACAGGAGCGUGGGGAAAGGCAGUCCUGCAGGGGGGGUGAGGGCGGAGGUGAGGGUGACCAACGUGACCCCCCAGGACUCCGCCGUGAUCGCCUGCACCGCCACCAACGCCUACGGGAGCCACACCCACAACAUGGAGCUGAAGGUUCAAGACGUGCCCGAAGCCCCAAGAGACCUGCGCGUGACCCGGGAGGGCAGCAGGUCAGUCACCGUGACCUGGGCCGCCCCCCCUUCCCCCAACACCCCCAUAACGCAUUACGUAAUUCACCUGAAGACCCAGACAGUGUCCUGGGAGAGCAACAGCGUGAGGCAGCUCAGGACAGAAGGCAGCUCGACCUCGGCUGUUCUCGAGGACUUGCUCCCCGCUAAAGUAUUUCAGCGUGGCGAGUCCCCCUCCUCCGAGCCCCUAUCUCUCCGCACUGACGGCGAAGCCCCCAGCGCCGCGCCCGUGACUGUGCGGGCGGUGGGCGUGAGUUCCAGGGAGGUCCAGCUGACGUGGGCGGCGCCGGACCCCGACACGUGGAACGGCCAGCUCUUGGGCUACUACGUCGGCCACAAGCAAGACAGCCCCGUGGGCAGUGGGCGGUCCUUCAGCUUCGACACCGUGGGCGUGACGGGCGGGGGCGAGGAGUCCUGGACGGUGGGCAACCUGGAGAAGUUCACUCGCUAUGUCUUCGUCCUUCAGGCUUUCAACGCCAAGGGGCCGGGGCCGCUCUCCACCGAGGUGUUCGCCACCACGCUCGAGGACGGCCUCCCCGCCGGCGAGUCUCGCAUCGUCAACGGCCAGAGCGCCACCGUGGGCGACCUCGAGCGCUACUCCAACUACUCGGUGACGGUGGCGGCGGCGACGAGGGCGGGCGUGGGCGUGUCCUCGCCGCCCGUCGUUUGCGCCACGGAGGAGGACGUUCCCCAAGCGCCCAGGACGAUCAAGGUAGUCAUGAACGGUCCCAACAGCGUCAUCGUAGCGUGGGCGGCCCCUCAGCGCGCCCACGGAACGGUGACCAAGUACAUCCUCUACAGGAGAGCCCCGCCCGCAAGAGAUCCUAUCAGGAGGAUUCUCCCGCCUCAGACGCUAUGGCUCGAGGUCACGGAUCUGGCCAGCAACCAUCUCUACGAAUUCUGGGUGACCUCGGCCACCAGGGUAGGAGAAGGACCCGCCUCUCCUGUCGUAUCUGCCACGCCCUCUGCCACAGGUACUCGUAGAUCCUAUGAGGACGAGGAUGUAGGACUUUAA